GGAAAACCUGAUGUGCGCGACAUCCUUCGAAGUUUGGUCACCCCUGUGAUUUAUCGCUACUGUUGCAAUAUUCAUCUCAUUCUCUAUGUGUGCACCAUUGUUGCAAAUGUGAAAUUGCAUAAUAAACUAUUAACCAUGCAGCUGCGCACAGCCGCACACUCCUCCACGCUGGCCAUGUUCUAUUCAAACUAUUGUUCUCUAUUCUAUUAUGCCCUGGCUGGCCUGUCCCAUCAUUGAUCCUAGUCUCAUCUGUUGGACUGUGGGAUUAGUGGUCACAUGACCAGUCAGCCUUCACCGUCGCCUGGAGCUCGUUUCAUUCAUUAUUCAGGCUCUCCCGCUUUGGAGCAGGGCAGGGGCAUUCAUUCGAAGCAAUUUUAUUUAGCUUGAACAACCGAUUUCGAAUUAUAUAAAAUCACGUAAACCUUCUUAAAAUUAUUUGCAUCUUCGAGGCUCUUUCUGUGAGCGCGUAGCCAAUCUCUCGACUGGGUAAGGAAAGGAGCGCGUAAUCAACUUCAACCAUGGCGCAGGGCAUAACCGGAGAGAAGUAUUGGGAGGAUAGAGUAGCCUUCGAAACAGAAGGAGCAGGUGAAGAAGUUUUGGAAUAUGGUGAUGUUUUGGAGCUUAAUCGAUUUGACGGACUACCCUACUCCUCUCGAUAUUACACAUUACUGAAGGAAAGGAUGGAUCUGCCAGUUUGGAAAGCCAAGUGUGAUUUCAUGGACAAACUGGCCAACAGGCAGUUUGUUAUGGUCUCUGGAACUGCAAAAACUGGCAGAAGCUCUCAGAUUCCCCAGUGGUGUGCAGAGUUCUGCCUGUCUGUCCAGUACCAGAAUGGCAUGGUGGUGUGCACCCAGGUCCAUAGGCAACAUACAGUGGAUCUGGCCCUGCGUGUAGCUGAUGAGAUGGACGUCAACAUCGGCCAUGAAGUGGGCUAUAGCAUCCCCCUAGAGACAUGCUGCUCUGGUGACACUGUUCUCAGGUACUGCACUGAUGACAUGCUGCUCAGAGAGAUGAUGUCAGACCCCAUGCUUGAGCAUUACGGUGUCAUCGUCAUCGACCAAGCCCACGAGAGGACAGUCAGUACAGAUGUUCUACUGGGCCUUCUCAAAGACAUCGCCCUGCAGAGGCCCGAGCUCUGUGUGGUGCUCCUCACAGCUACACACCCAGGACCCAAACUACUGGGCCACUACAGGAAUGUCCCACUGAUCCAGCUGGAGGGGGUGUGUUCAGCGGAGGUGGUGUAUACUGGUACCAGCCACAAGGACUACUUCUGCUCUGCGCUGCGUCUGGUUCUGGAGAUACACCACUCCCAAGAGGAAGGGGAUAUAGUCGUGUUUUUGGCCACAACUCAAGAGAUAGAUCUUGCCCGUGAUAUCCUCCUUCGCGAGGAGGCCAAUAUACCCCCACAUCUAGGGGAACUUCUCCCUAUCUCAGUGCACCCUGGGCUGGGUGGGACUCUGCCCAUGCUAGGUGAAGAGGAAGGCCGGUGCAGAAGAGUAUUCCUCACCUCCAGUCCAAAUGAAGACCUCUUUUGGGCUGUGCACAUGCUGAACUUUGUCAUUGAUGCCGGUGUCCAGAAAAGAAAUGUUUAUAACCCUAGGAUAAGGGCGAACUCAGUCGCCAUUCAACCUAUCAGUAGGAUUCAAGCAGAGAGCCGCAAACAGCUUGUAGGGCCAACAGGGAAGAGUUUUUGUCUGUACCCAGAGGACACACCCCUGCCCAGUGAGACACGCCCCCACAUCCUGGAGUCUGACAUCACAUCCACGGUGCUCUUCCUGAAGAGGAUGGACAUCAGUGGCAUGGGCCGCUGUGACUUUAUCGACAGGCCAGAUCCUGAGGGUCUGAUGCAGGCCUUGGAGGAACUGGACUACCUAGCAGCCCUGGAUAAUGACGGGAACCUGUCGGAGAUCGGCAUCAUCAUGUCUGAGUUCCCCCUGGAGCCCCAGAUGGCCAAGACACUACUGGCCUCCUGCGAGUUUGACUGUGUCAAUGAGGUGGUCACCAUCACCGCCAUGCUGACAGCACCAAGCUGCUACCUGGUCCCCUCAAGGGAGUUGAGGCUAGAGGCCUCUCAGUGUCACCUGAAGUUCCAGCACCCAGAGGGAGACCACUUCACCCUCAUCAACAUCUACAAGGCUUUCAAACAGAACCAGCAGGAGCCCUUUGUCAGUGUGGAGAAGUGGUGUCAGGACUACUUCCUGAGUCUGCCUGCCCUGCAGACGGCUGAUGCUAUCCGCUCUGAGCUGACUGACAUCCUGAGGAGGAUAGAGCUGCCUGUCUCCAUGCCUUCCUUCGGCUCCAAGGGAAACACUCUCAACAUUAAGAGAGCGCUGCUAGCUGGCUUUUUCAUGCAGGUGGCAAGGAAUGUGGAUUCAUCAGGGAAUUACUUCAUGUUGACACACAAACACGUGGCCCAGAUCCACCCUUUCUCUGCCUACGGCACCAAGACACCCAAACUGGGCCUGCCGGAGUGGGUCCUCUUCCAUGAGUACUCCUUCUCAGAGGACAACUGCAUCCGCACCGUGUCCCACAUAUCACCAGAGGAGUUCAUUCAGAUGGCUCCACAGUACUUCUUCUUCAACCUGCCUCCCAGCGAGAGCAAGGACAUCCUCCAGAACAUCUUAGACAAUGGAGCUGAACACUACAAAGCGAAGAACAUUAAAAAGAGCCCGAGCCUAGAAAGCAUACCAGAAGUCACAGCCAGUUGUGUUAUACAGUGAUUGUGAAGGCCUUGGUUGAGGAUGUCUUAGAGGCAGAAAAUCCCUACUCAUUCCCUGGUACUGUAUUAUAUGAUCAUUUUCACCAGUGUUACCUUUCAGUCAUCUCACCAGUGUUACUUUUGAGUCAUUGAAACUUAGCCUGACAUUGACAUGAUUCUAUCUAAUGAAUAUAAUUCAAUUAGUUAAUUACUGGAAUUGCAUUAUGGGAAAAAAGUGACAGUAUCUGUCAAGACUGCCAAUGUGUUAGUUUUAGCAAUAUUUAUAUAGGCACCCUUUCUACUCAAUGUACAUUUAAUUUAUAGAGCCCUACGUAUGUACCGGGAUGUAUGUUGUUUUUUGGAACUUGCAGUUUAACUAUAAACACACCACUAAAAAUACAUGUUUGAGGAGUACUUAACCUAAAUGCACAUCUAGGGCUCUAUUCAAUCCGUAUUGCGGAAGUUCAGCAUUACAGCGUGAUUUAAAAUUAAAGGCAAUGUUCCCGCGUCAGCGGAGACUGUAUUCAAGGUAAAUGCUGCAAAAGUUGUCUCAAUCGGAAAUUACCUUUACAUUUCUAUGGUGCAAUCUGUAACGCUUCAAAUACGUAUAUAUUUGGGCAGUCCAAAAGCCAAAACAUAACACAGCUUAGACACUUAACCCCCACAGGCGUAUACUUUGCCCUUACCCUCCACUGCUCAGUUUAAUCGUUUGUCUUACCUUUCUGUUAAAUUACUCUAGGCUUUCAUAGUGCAUAAAAUGUCUGUCCCAGAUGGAUUACUGACGUACAGAGGAGCAGAAACAGAACAGCACAGGGACAUAAUAUGGGUUUGUUGAUCCAUCUGCUGUGAAGAGAGAAGGGAUAGGUGGGGGUGACCCAAUUCAGUGACAGAGCAUUACAGUAUUGUAGCUACAUGAGGCAUUACAGCACCAUGUGACCUCUUUAGGCCUGCAUAGUGCAUACAUACUUAGUCUCAUGCCAAGAUCCAGGGCCUUAUAUAUACAGACAGACAUAAGUUGAACUUCUUGGCACCACGGUUGGUGUUGUGUAGUAGUGUUCAUACACUGUCAUUACCAACCUGAACCAAGACAAGGUGAUUAGAAAUAUUACUCAAACCUUUAUUUCAUGUCAGGGCAAACAUGCAGGCACACACAUUCAAACAUAAAUACUGCAACCAGUACAAAUUAUCCUUCGAAUGAAUCGUUUGCAUUCAACAUUGCCUGCAGGCUAUUGCACAUUUUCUUUUUGAAAUGUUGCCUCGUUCCUGACCCUGUUUCUCCACAGCAUCAUUACUAUAAUCCAGGUUUAUCAAAUCCCAUUGAAAUAUGGGUUCUCCAAAGUUUAAGUCAUGCGCAUGUAUCCCUCAUUUAGUUGGGGAUAACAAAGAAAAUGUAUAUUUGUAACUUAAUUUACAAAUCCUCUUUACAAAACGAAAUAAAAGGGUAAAAACACAAAAAUUCCUUGAUGCCCUUCCAGACUCCUUCUGCCUACCCAAGGA